AUGUCAUACCUUCCUUUUUCGUUUCUUAUUGUUCUGUGUAGUCUAAAUACCCGUGGUCCGAGGGUAAUUCUUUCCUCAGACUCUUACCCUCUGGACCACAGUCCUGUCGUUAUAGAGCUUCUUUUUGGCACUUUCUCUGUGCCAGUCACUUUUUUGUCACUGCGCUCAAUACUUAGAGGAUUUUCUAAAUUGCUAUUCUUUUUUAGCUACUACUAUUAUACUCCUAUGCUCAUCUUCUUUUGA